GGGUUGAGGCAGAACCACAAAGCCGGGCCGGGAAACUACAACUCCCAGGGUGCUCCGGGGCAGUGUUGCUGCACUACCGGGAGCAGGCGGAGGCUCGCAGGAGGCAACCCUGAGGUCUGGGUUCAAAAGCCCAGGGUCAGGAGCCGCAGGCAUGCUGCGUCCCAAGGCUUUGACCCAGGUGUUAAGCCAGGCCAACACUGGAGGCGUCCAGAGCACCCUGCUGCUGAAUAACGAGGGGUCUCUGCUGGCGUACUCCGGUUACGGGGAUACAGACGCCCGGGUCACUGCGGCCAUCGCCAGCAACAUCUGGGCCGCCUACGACCGGAACGGGAACCAGGCUUUUAAUGAAGACAAUCUCAAAUUCAUCCUCAUGGACUGCAUGGAGGGCCGUGUGGCCAUCACUCGGGUGGCCAACCUGCUGCUGUGCAUGUAUGCCAAGGAGACCGUCGGCUUCGGGAUGCUCAAGGCCAAGGCCCAGGCCUUGGUGCAGUACCUGGAGGAGCCCCUCACCCAAGUGGCAGCAUCGUGACAGGCAUCGCGGGACGCUGGGGCCGGGCCGGGCCAGAGAGAUGCCCUUCGGAGGGGCAGGGCCCCCUGGGGAACCCUUCUAAGGCUGUGGGGGGAGAGUGGACUUUGUUUUUUCCAAGAAUAAAUUUUAGUCCCGUUG